AUGGCGGCCGGUACGGGAUGCGGAGAGUCGGUGGAUCAGUACCGGGCCGAGGUGGAGCGCUUGGCCCAGGAGCUGAGCGAAGCCAACCGGGAGAAGAUCCGGGCUGCAGAAUGCGGACUGGUAGUUCUGGAGGAGAACCAGGUGCUCAAGCACAAGUGUGCCGAACUGGAGAGCGAGCAAGAGGCUCUGAGGAAGGAGUUGGAACAAUUACAGGAGGCAUUCGGCCAAGCAUACAGCAUCCAGCGGAAGGUGGCUGAGGACGGUGAAAGCAAUGAAGAGACGCUGUUGCAGGAGUCUGCCUCCAAGGAGGCAGACUACAUGUCUCGUAUUUUGGAGCUGCAGACGGACCUGUCCGUGAGUCGCUCUGUGACUUCCAACACCCAGUCAGAAAAUGAGAGGCUCAACGGAGUCAUGCUAGAGCUGCGAGAGAGUAAUGAGAUGCUGGAACUCCAGAAGAGCAGGAUGAGGGAAGAAAUCAAGGAAUAUAAAUUCAGAGAAACCCGGCUGCUUCAGGAUUACACAGAGCUGGAGGAGGAGAACAUCACCUUGCAGACACUGGUCUCUACGCUCAAACAGAGCCAGGUGGAGUACGAGGGUCUCAAGCAUGAAAUCAAAGUGCUGGAGGAGGAGACUGUUCUGCUCAACAGCCAACUUGAAGACGCUUUACGUCUGAAAGAGAUCUCUGCGGGACAACUGGAGGAGGCCCUGGAUGCCCUGAAGAUUGAGCGUGAGCAGAAGAACAAUCUGCGAAAAGAGUUGGCCCAUCACCUAAACCUGAGUGACAGCAUCUAUGGGGCAGGUGCCCAUAUCGCCCUCACUGUCACCGGUGUCGAAGGCCUCAAGUUCCCAGAGGAGGUCAACAGAAGCGCCGACGCCAACGCCAGCAACAGCACUGUUAUCGCCGCUGUCAACGGAAACAAUGACGACGGUUGUCGGCACAAUGGUCACCUUCACCCGGGCACUGUGUUGGCCCAAAUGAACGGAGACUACCGGAUGGGCAGAAAGAGUGAGGGUCUGCACCCGGUUCCAGACCUGUUUAGUGAGCUCAACCUCUCAGAGAUACAGAAGCUCAAACAGCAACUCAUACAGGAAGAACGUGAGAAAGCGGCACUGCUUUUGAACCUGCAGGAGUCCCAAACCCAGUUGCAACACACUCAAGGCGCCCUAACUGAGCAGAGUGAGCGCGUCCACCGCCUCACAGCACGCAUCGAUGCCAUGAAGCAUCUUAACGGGGGCAAAGAGCUGGAUGACCCUCAAGAGAGUGAGAAACCUGUUGACGGCCUCCUGUCACCACAAGCCAAUGGUCACCGCGAUGUGGACAUCCACGGGUUUGAGGUGCUGGAGUGUAAAUAUAAGGUGGCUGUGACAGAGGUGAUCGACCUGAAAACAGAGCUGAAUGCCUUGAAGGAGAAAUACAGACAGGCUGUGGAGGAGCAAACAGACGGUCACAGUGAUGACAGAGUUUGCACACAGGCCGAACAGGUAGCCCAUUUGGAAAGCAGUUUACGAGAAGGCCAAGAGAGGGUGGCGAGCCUAGAGGCGGACUUACGAGCAUCCGUUAGCAGUGCCACAGAGAGCCAGGCCCUGCUGAACGCAGCUCAGGACGAGCUGGUGACCUUCAGUGAGGAGCUGGCGCAGCUCUACCACCAUGUGUGUUUGUGCAAUAAUGAGACGCCCAACCGCAUCAUGCUUGACUAUUACCGCCAGAGCCGAGUCACGCGCAGCGGGAGCCUGAAAGGCUCUGAAGACCCGUGGGCUUUACUUUCACCUCGCCUGGCUCGACGCCUGGCUGCAGUUUCGGCGCUCUGUUCCUCUGAGGCUCAACGUAGUCCAAUGGGCUCGCCGUCCAAGGACAGCCAUGACAGUGACUCAACUCCCAACACAGUGGACUCUCCAGCUCACCACGGUAGCCCCACCCGCAACCCCAUCAGCUCCCCUGUCCUCAGCAUGUCCCCUUGCCCAUCUCCAUUGCACCAUGAGGCAGGGGGAGACCUGCGGAAGGAGCCCAUGAACAUCUACAACUUGAAUGCCAUCAUCAGAGACCAGAUCAAACACCUGCAGAGGGCUGUUGACCGCUCCCUGCAGCUGUCCAGGCAGAGGGCUGCAGCCAGAGAGCUGGCACCCAUGCUUGAUAAAGACAAGGAGUUGUGCAUGGAGGAAAUCCUGAAGCUCAAGUCCCUUCUUAGUACCAAGAGAGAGCAGAUAGCCACACUGAGACUGGUUCUGAAGGCAAACAAACAGACGGCAGAGGUCGCGCUGGCCAAUCUAAAGAGCAAAUAUGAGAAUGAAAAGGCAAUGGUGACAGAGACCAUGAUGAAGCUGAGGAAUGAGCUGAAGGCGCUGAAAGAAGAUGCCGCUACAUUCUCCUCUCUCAGAGCGAUGUUUGCCACCAGGUGUGAUGAAUAUGUUACCCAGCUAGAUGAGAUGCAGAGACAACUUGCAGCAGCAGAAGAUGAGAAGAAGACGUUAAACUCUCUUCUCCGUAUGGCCAUCCAACAGAAACUGGCCUUGACCCAACGGCUGGAGGAUCUCGAGUUUGAUCACGAGCAGAUCCAUCGCGGUCGUGGUGCGAAAGUGCCCAAGAUAAAAAGCAAUGCCCCAAAAUUUUUUGUAGAUUGUCAGCAGCCUGCUGCCUCAGUAUCGUCACACGCCACACAGCUAAGGCGAGGGAGACUUUCCGUUGACUGCAGUCCUAAAUUUCAUGCUGACCUCCAGGAACACCAAGCAGCUCUGUCCAGCAGCAGGAGCCCCCUUUUCCCGCCUUGCAACCUUCGUAACUGCCUGCCCCAGCUACCCCAUCCCCCAAGCACAUAACUCCUACUGACUGGAAGUGGUGCUCCUAUACUUGGGUCCCCGCGUGACCCAGAAGUGCUUCCUGGCCCGCUGGUGUUGCAAAAUCCGAGGAAGAGACAGAGGCAAACGCAAGAGAGUGACAAAUCACAUGACUUUGUAUUUAUUAUUGAUGUUUAUUAUUUAUUUAUUUAUUAGAUAUUUAUUACUACUGAAAUGGGGUUUUUCUCUUGAUUGGUCAUUCUUCAACUGUGACAUGAUUUUAUGACACCCAAACAAUGCAGUAUUAAUAGGUGGAUUUUAUCAGUAUUAAAAUGAUAAUGAUGUCAUUUUAAAUGAGCAGUACAAUUAGGUUUGCCUUCAAGCGAAGUCCAUUCAAAGAAUUUCUUGUAGUCAUUUCUGGAUCUAAAGGACCUUCCUAAUCUCAUUAGUCUUUCUUUGAAUGCUUGUGUUUUUUAUACUUUUUUUUUUUUUUGCAAAGCUUUAGAAUUUUAUAACUACAUAUUCUGGUUUUUUGUUUUUUAGUUUAGAGCAGGCUCCAGGGAUGUGACUUGAUCUGUGCUUAGAGCUCAGUUCUUGUUAGAGAUUGAGUUAGAUGAGGCCUGCUGGGCCGAGUUUUUGCCUUUUGAGUUGCACAGGUCUAAGUGACCAUGUAGGGACCAGACCUCCACUUUUUUUAUGUCAACAGUAAUCAAAUAAAUGGUGCCUCUUCUUCAGUUACUUAUAAUUUAAAUGUUAUAUUUAUUUGUCUUUUCAGAAAGAUAUUCGACCGUUUUAUCAUUUCCAUUCAUUGUUUCCAAAUAAAACUUUCUAUGUGACUUUUUUAAUUUAGCUGAAGGACUAACAAGCUAUAUUCCAACAUGUAUGUGUACAAAAGUUCUUGGGAAGACGUGGCCAUUGUUAACCUAACCCUACGAAUAACAACAUACACACUUAAAUAUGACAUCCUUGUUUCCUUUCCUGUAACAUUUUUAACUAUGAUAUAUUUUUUCUCUUUUGUCAUUCUUCCUCUACACAGUAUGCAAUACUGUCCAAGCACAACACGGCACCAUGCAUUACAACAAUAUACACUCACACCCACCAGAAACUUCCUUCUUUCCUUAAUAUACAUCAUACUACUACUAGGUAGGUUAAACUGACUGUUUGUUAAUAUACUCCUUGUGGUUCAAACACUAAACGCAAUACUUCUGAGACGAGUGACUGGGAUGGUUCACCUUUUUAACAUGUUUGUCCUUUUAGUCAUCUUGUUGCCCCAAGCUGUUGAACAUUAAUAUCUUUUCCAGUCAGAACUAAAAUUCUAGUUAGAUAUGAACUAAAGACAUGCAUUUCUGAAUGGGUUGGUUCUUCUUCUUUCUCUACAUUUGUAAUACUUGCAGCCAUGCUGGCUCACUGGUGACCAAUGUUUCUUGGUCUGUUUGCACAUUAUACCAGGAUAGAAGAAGAGUAAUAAAUUUUUUUAAUUAAAUAGCAAUAUGCUGGAGUUUCAAUAAA